AUGGCAUUUUUCAAAGAUAACAGAAUAUCAAAUCAUCUAACUCAUGAUGAAAAUGAAGAUGUAGAUAUGUUGGCAGCAGAUGAGUUUGGUAGUGGAAAACUAUACAAUGAAGACUAUUGGGAUAUAGGAGAUCCAAUUUAUGAAUGUCAAUACUGCGGCGCUUACUUUUGGUAUGCGGAAAGAAUUGAUAAGAAGUGUAAAAACAAAAGACCUGUUUUCACUUUGUGUUGUGGUCAUGGAAAGAUAAAGCUUCCCAAUCCAAAGGAUCCUCCUACUGUGUUGAAGGAAUUAUUAUUUGGAUCAGGUGAAAAAAGUAACCAUUUCAGAGAGAAUAUCCGAACUUAUAAUUCCAUGUUUUCUUUUACAUCAAUGGGAGGAAAAAUUGAUGCAUCUGUCAAUCAAACAAAGGGGCCAAGAACUUUCAGAUUAUCUGGACAGAAUUAUCAUAAAAUUGGAAGCUUAUUGCCUAAUGAGGGAUCUACUCCAAAAAGCGGUGAAAGCAACAAUCAAAUCCAUGCUCAAAUUGUCACCGAACUGAAGGAAAUGCUUGAUAAACAUAAUGUUCUUGCAAAGAGUUUUCGUAUGGUUAGAGAUAGAUUUCAAGCUGAACAAAGUACAAGUGUUAAACUAAGACUUAUCGGAAGAAGAGGAUCAGAUGGAAGAAGAUAUAACUUGCCAUCAGUUUCAGAGGUAGCAGCUUUGGUUGUUGGCGAUUUUGAACCAACAAAUACUGACAGAGAUAUAAUAAUCGAAAGUCAAAAUGGACAACUUCAGAGAAUAAAUGAGCUUAAUGCAGCAUAUUUAGGUUUGCAAUAUCCAUUACUACUACCUUAUGGGGAAGAUGGUUAUAGAGAAGAUAUUCCUUUAAAUAGAAUUGAUGAAUCAAGUGAGGGAAGAAAACGUGUUAGUUCUUGCGAAUAUUUUGCAUAUAAAAUUCAAGAAAGGAAGAAUGAAGUACCUACAAUUGUUUCUGCUAAAAGAUUAUUUCAACAAUUCUUGGUUGAUGGAUAUACAAUGAUUGAAUCUUCUCGCUUAUUGUUUUAUAGACUAAAUCAAAGAAACUUGAGAACACAUUUAUAUAAAGGAUUACAAGAAGCAGUUUUGCAUGGAGACACAGAACCAUCUUCUCAAGGACAAAGAAUUAUAUUGUCUUCUACUUUCACAGGUGGAACACGUUACAUGUUGCAAAAUUAUCAAGAUGCAAUGGCAAUAUGUAAAUGGGCUGGAUAUCCUGAUUUAUUCAUUACAUUUACAUGCAAUCCGAAAUGGCCUGAAAUUAAUAGAUUUGUGCAUAGUAGAGGAUUGCAUCCAGAAGAUCGGCCAGACAUUAUAACAAGAGUCUUUAAAAUCAAAUUGGAUCAUUUGAUAAAAGAUUUAAGAGACAAUAAAGUUUUUGGAGAAGUAAAAGCGGUGAUUUACACUAUUGAAUUUCAAAAGCGUGGAUUGCCUCAUGCACAUAUCUUACUUUUUCUCCAUGAUAAAUUUCCAAAUGUUGGAGACAUUGAUGCGAUUAUUUCAGCUGAAUUGCUUGAUAAAUUACUUGAUUCGGAUUAUUAUGUGGCUGUUACAAACUUCAUGAUGCAUGGGCCAUGUGGUUCAAUAAGAAAAUCAUCCCCUUGCAUGCAAAAAGGCAAAUGUACAAAGCACUUUCCAAAAAGAUUUUUACCAUCUACCUCACUUGAUGAAGAAGGAUAUCCUUUAUAUCGAAGAAGAGAUGAUGGUAGAUCUACACAGAGAUCAGGAAUUGAUUUAGAUAAUCGAUAUGUUGUACCACAUAAUAAAUUUUUGCUAAUGAAAUAUGGGGCACAUAUUAAUGUUGAAUGGUGCAAUCAAUCAAGAUCGAUUAAAUACUUAUAUAAGUAUGUUAAUAAAGGUCAUGAUCGAGUCACAACAGCUUUUUGCGAUAGUGUUAAUUCUUCAGAUUCAAAGGUUGUGGAUGAAAUAAAAAUGUAUUGUGAUUGUCGCUAUAUAUCAUCCUGUGAAGCAUCUUGGAGAAUUUUCAAAUUCCCAAUCCACCAUAGAGAACCUUUAACUUUUCAUCUACCAGACAAUCAAAAUGUCAUAUUUUCAGAUGAUGAUCCAAUUGAUGUUGUUAUCAAUAAACCAACAGUGAAGGAAUCAAUGUUUUUAAGAUGGUUGGAAGUUAAAGGUCCAACUUCUUAUGAGGAGAUCAGAAGAAUAAAUGAUAUUGAUCAUGAGACCUUUCGAGAUGCAUGUUAUGCUCUAGGAUUAUUAGAUGAUGACAAAGAAUAUGUUGAUGCUAUAGUAGAAGCAAGUCAAUGGGGAAUGCCAUCAUAUCUACGACAAUUAUUUGCUAUGCUACUUAUAUCUAAUUCAAUGUCACGUCCGGAGAUAGUGUGGCAAUCAACUUGGCACUUACUAUCAGAAGAUAUCAUUUUUGAAGAAAGAAGAAUAUUAGAUAACCCAGAAGUUUAUCUAUCAGAAGCAGAUUUGAAGAAUCGUUGCUUGCAAAAGAUUGAAACCUUUUUAAAAGGGUGUGGAAGGAGUUUUCAAGAUUUUUCAACAAUGCCAUUACCUGUCUAUAAUGAGGAUGAGGUCGAUUAUAGCAACAGAUUAAUUCGAGAUGAAAUGCGUUACAAUAAAGGUGCUUUAACUGAGGAACAUCAAGAAUUGCUACAAAAUUUAACUGAUGAACAGAAAGCAGUUUACAAAAAAAUUAUGUCAGCAGUUAUUACAAAUAGUGGUGGAUUUUUCUUUCUAUACGGCUUUGGAGGUACAGGAAAAACUUUUAUUUGGAGGACACUAUCAGCAGCUAUACGAUCUAAAGGAGAUAUUGUUUUGACAGUAGCUUCUAGCGGGAUUGCAUCUCUAUUGCUGCCUGGUGGUAGAACAUCACAUUCAAGAUUUGUUAUCCCUCUGAAUAUAAAUGAAGAUUCAACAUGUAAUAUAAAGCAAGGUACUCCUUUAGCAAAUUUGAUAGUCAAGGCAAAGUUGAUUAUUUGGGAUGAGGCUCCUAUGAUGCAUAAAUAUUGUUUUGAAGCUUUGGAUAAAACUUUAAGAGAUAUUAUUAGCUAUAAAGAUGCAUCUAAGGCAGAAUUACCAUUUGGAGGAAAAACAGUUGUUCUUGGAGGUGACUUUAGACAAAUUUUACCUGUUAUUCCAAAAGGUACCAGACAAGAUAUUGUUAAUGCAACUGUAAAUUCAUCAUAUUUAUGGCCACAAUGUCAACUAUUAACUCUAACAAAGAAUAUGAGGUUACAAAGCAAUGCAAACGAUACACAUUUGGAAGAAUUGAGAGAUUUUUCUAAUUGGAUAUUGAAAGUUGGGGAUGGUAGCAUUGGAAGUUCAAUUGAUGGAAUAGACAAAGUUUUAAUACCAAAUGAUCUUCUAAUAAAUGAGUAUACUGAUCCUAUAGCAUCUAUUAAAUCAUAUUUAAGUUCUGAUAAAAUUUGCAGAUCUGAUCAUACUUAUUCAGCUCUGGAACAUGUACAUACCCCUGAAUUUUUGAACAAUAUUAAAUGUUCUGGCGUUCCAAAUCAUUCAAUCACUUUAAAAGUUGGGGUUCCAGUGAUGUUACUAAGAAAUAUCGAUCAGUCAGCAGGAUUAUGUAAUGGAACUAGAUUGAUUGUUACUAAACUUGGAAAUCAAGUAAUUGAAGCAAAGGUUUUAUCUGGACAAAUGGUUGGCCAGAAGGUGUUUAUUCCAAGAAUGACUUUAACACCUUCAGAUUCCAGAAUUCCUUUUAAGUUUCAAAGAAGACAGUUUCCUAUAACUGUAUCAUUUGCUAUGACAAUCAAUAAGAGUCAAGGACAGUCUUUAUCUCAUGUGGGCUUAUUUCUGAAGAAGCCAGUGUUUACGCAUGGACAGUUAUAUGUUGCUCUUUCCAGAGUGACAAAUAGAAAGGGAUUAAAAAUACUUACUUAUGAUGAAGAUGGGAAAAUAAGUAAUGAAGCCACAAAUGUAGUAUAUAAAGAAGUUUUCCAAAACUUAUUUGACAUACAUUGUAGUUUUUAA